AUGCGGGCGGAAAAGCGCAACCGUAGAGAAAUGCGAAAGAAAUCUCUUGCAAAAUGGUAUGAUCUACCGAAAACAGAAUUAACAAAAGACGAUAAAGAAGAUCUGGAAUUCAUUAAAUUACGACGAGUUCUAACCAAUGUCAGCGAAGGUGGAUCCCAUGUUAAGCGCUCUGAUAGCCGAUGCACUCAUUUCCAGAGAGGUGUUGUUGUUGAUGAUCCUGGCGAUUUCCACCAUCGAUUGCCCAAGAAGUUGCGCGGACAGACUCUUGUAGAUGAAAUAUGUCGUAAUGCAGAAAUUAUGCGUGAGCAACGUCUACGUUAUCGCAAAGUCAAAGCCAGCCAAAAUAUCAAAAAAGCCGCCAUACGUCGACGAAACGCACAAAUCCAUCGAAAAUUGGCGAAGAAAGGUGAUCGAGGCCGAAAGAUGCAGUUGAUUCCUAUGAAAUGA